AUACACUGAGGCUAAAAACAGUCACUCACACACAUACACACUUGACUGGACAGGAUGGUUAAGAGGGAGUCACAUUCUUCGGACCACCUCACUGGAGGUUCAUCCAGAAAGAUAAUGACCACUAAAGUGGCAACAGCUUUGGCUGCUUUCUUUCUUUUGGCCAGCUUAGCGGUUAUUAUAGCAAUAUCUACAGUCCAGACACAACGCAAGGCUUACCUUUCUCCUGGACUUAAGUAUGGUAUUGUGCUGGAUGCUGGCUCUUCCAGAACUACUGUAUAUCUUUACCAGUGGCCAGCAGAGAAAGAGAAUAACACUGGGGUAGUGAGCCAGACUCAAAAAUGUUUGGUAAAAGGUCCUGGUAUCUCAGAAAUGGAUAAAGAUUCCAUGACAAAUCUUAAAAAGUGCAUGGAUGAGAUGAUCAAGGCUGUCCCCCAGAACCAGCACAGUUCAACACCCAUCUUUCUUGGUGCAACGGCUGGAAUGAGACUGCUUGAUCUGAAAAAUGAAACAGAGUCUAACGCCAUCCUGCUGCAAAUACAAGUGUAUCUCCGUUCUUUACCCUUCGAUUUCCACAAUGCUUCCAUCAUCUCAGGUCAGGAAGAGGGUCUGUAUGGGUGGAUCACAGUCAACUACCUGAUGGGAAACUUCCUGGAGAAAAACAUUUGGAAUGCCUGGGUUCAUCCUCAUGGAGCCAAGACAGUAGGGUCACUAGAUCUGGGUGGAGCAUCAACUCAGAUUGCCUUCACAGCCCCCGAUGAUGCCAUGGGAAAGGAUAUCAUCAGGGUGUCUCUUUAUGGCUAUGAUUACAAUGUCUACACACACAGCUUCCUGUGCUAUGGCAAAAAUGAGGCAGAGAAGAGAGUUUUGGCAUGGCUUGUACAGAAAUCCUCUAACCGGACGCAUAUAAAGCAUCCAUGCUACCCUGCUGGCUACAACAUCUCCAAGCCUCCAAGUGUUAUCUUUGACAGUGAGUGUACGAAGAAUGACAAGCCCACUCCAUAUUACCCUCAGACGAACAUCACCUUCUUUGGUCAGAGUGAUCCGGCUGGGUGCAAAAACCUGGUCAAGAGAAUUUUUGACUUUGAUUCCUGUCAGGGGAAAGAGAACUGUUCUUUUGAAGGAGUUUACCAACCACCGGUCACUGGGGACUUCAUGGCUUAUGCAGGAUUCUACUACACUGCCUUGGCUCUUGAUGUGAAGGGCUCCAACAGUCUGGCGAAGUUUAACGCCACCAUGUGGUCAUUCUGCUCAAAAGACUGGACAUUACUCAAAAGAAAGCACAACAUAACUGAAAAACACUUGAAGUCUUACUGUUAUUCUGCAAACUACGUCCAUACAAUUCUCGCAGAUGGAUACAAAUUCAACGCGGGCAACUGGGAAAAUCUUAGUUUUCAGAAAGAGGUCAAUCAGACAAGUAUAGCCUGGUCUCUCGGCUACAUGCUGGCCCAGUCUAACAUGAUCCCAGCAGAGGCAAAGCUUCUGAAGCUGCCCAUCCCCAACAGUGUCUUUGCUGGGCUUCUCUUCAUCUUCUCUGCUCUGACCAUAAUCACCCUCAUGUUCCUCAUCAUCACACUGGUGCGCUUUUGUUACUGAUGACCCUGAAAGCCCUGCUCACAACACUAGAAGAGCGCAGGCACUGUAACGUAAGAAUAUGUGUGUUUACCCAGCUCUCUGUGCUGCUGUCUCAGCACUUCCUGACUGGGGCUUUAAACAGGCAACCAUCAUGAGUCUCCAAUGCCUGAGGCAUAGGCAUCAGAAGAGACCCACUGCACAAUAGUACAUGUAGCCCCUGAUAUAUUACUGCGGGUAAAUGAGGGAGUUAAGUUCAUUUUUGGAAUGCAAAAUAAGAUUAGCUGGUAUGAUGGUCUAAUUCUCAAAUGGAGGCAAGAAAAAAGUUUUGCAGACUAGCUGUCUGAUGAAUUGACUUAUGGCUCUAUUAAUAUUUUUUUUUCUUUGAUAGCUGUCUUCAAAUUGUAUUAUUUUGGUGUCAGAUAAUAAAAAUGAAUCAAUUUCAACAUUAUUUAACAGUCAUCCUACACAUCACAAUAGCUCAUACUGUUGUUUCCAAAUCAUCUGAACAGACGUCACAAAAUCUCUUUACUUGAAGCUGCUCCUGAAAACUACAGAUUUAUGCACAGACAGAGCAGGUGAGGAGGACAAGUGGCAUCUAUUUAUAAUAGUAGUUUAACCACAAAAAUGCCACUGUUGUUGAAUUUACAUCUUUUGAGUAUAUUACACUCAACCUUUUUAGUUACACUUCUGUGUUAUUAAUUGCAAUAUAUAGUCCUCCCAAGCCAAAUACUAUUUUUUGUCAGUAAUUGCAGAAAUAGUAUCAAUUGUAUCCACAAGUUAUGAUAAAAUUCGUCUUUCUGGAGACUUUAACUUUGAUGCAGCAUGUGGGCGGCCAUACCCACAAGCUAGAUCACAUACUGGAUCCAGUAAUCACUAAAGGUUUAAACACAAAUGUGUCCCUAAUCUCUGAUGCUUUAUUAUCAGACAAUUUCUGUAUAUUCUUUCAUGUCAAUGCAGAAGUAAAGAAGAAAGUAUCUGAAACACAUUGUGACUCAGAGACAAAGAAGUUUAAACAUUUAUAACAGUGCAGUCCUGUAAUUAUCUGGACUCUCAUCUAAAUUCUACAUUAAAGGAAACUCCUUUAAUGUAAAACUGAAAUUCUCACAAAUAAAAGAAACAUGCCUACGUUGUUUAUGGAGGAACAGUAAACAACAGGUACAUUAUAAUAUUCUCAAAGAGCAUCUCCACCUACAAUAAUGCUAUGAAAGUAGACAGACAGCCAAACAUCUCUAGUGCUCUAGUAAACUGCCCUCUGUCAACCUGAGCUUUUUCAGAUGCUUUUAAACCUGCCCUGGUGAAGCCUCUACUAUAAAAGGAGUAGCAUGGAUCCUUCUGUACUAAGCCUUUCAGACAUAUUUCUAAUCUUCCUUUUCAAGGACAAUCUUAGAAAAAGUUGUUUUCAAUCAGUCACAUUUAUCUAAUAUUAAAGUCAUUUUUGGGAGGUUUUUCAGGUUUUUAUUUGAACCAUAGUUCUGAGACAGGUUUGGUUCGUGUUGCUUGUGACUUCAGGCUUAGUGCUAAUGAUUCCUUCUGUUUUGGUCUUUUUGCAUCUUAGUUUUUAAUACUGAUGAUCACAUUGUACAGUUCUAUCAGUUGUGAAAAUCAAGAUUCUGUCGACAGGCUUUCCAGCUGUGUGUCAAAUAUUUCUCAGUGGAUGUCACAAGAGGUUUUUACAACUAAAUCAUGAAAAAACUAAAAUUCUGAACUUUGGUAUGAAAACUCAGACAAAAAUGCUUUUUGAGAAGUUCAGUUCUGUAGCUUUGUAUACCAAACCGGACGUACAGCAUCUGGGUGUGAUUUUAGACCUUGAGCUGUUUUAUCUCACAUGUAAACACAGUCAAUAAAGUAGCUUUUUAUCAUUUGAGAAAUAUUACUAAAGUUCAGCCUUUUCUGUCUUAGAGCGCUGCAGUUUGUUCAUG